AUGCGGGCAUUGACUAAUACCUUAAUCGGUCAGCCAAUCGGAAUCGGGGCUUGGAGACAUCUUGCACAGGCCCUGAUCCGGCAUAAUCUGGGGGAUAUAGCCCUGGAGGAUCCGGGUGAAGAUCUCGAUCUGGAAGGUCUAGGGGCCAUGCAAAUGCACCAUUCUCGGCAGACAGGUCUCAUGGUCUAUGGCCGGCAGAAUUCGGCCUUUUCAAAAAUCGGCUCGACACUGCAGGAAGCGCAGAUUGAAUUCAGCCAGCGCUGGCAUGCUUACCUCGGCCUAGGGCCAACCCAAUUGGACCUAGUGCCCUGCCUUUCGGCCGGGAACGAUCCGUUACCUGCGGAAUCGAUCCCGGUCUCUCUGCCGGACCCCCGAGUCCCUAUCCUGCCUCUCGGGUCACCUCUGGUGCAAUACCAUAUGCCGAGAUCGGAUCAGAACCCUGCGAGAUCAACUCGUCCGGUCACGAUAGGGCAAUUUCAUCGAUUUCUAUCGCUUUACCCUGCGCCGAAAGUGAAUGAAUUCGGAGAUGAAUCAGAAUUUGCAAGCCCUAAUCUGGAUCAGAGCCAGAUGGUUCGAAUGCCGGAAAAACAAAGCAAUCAAGCAUUUCAGGACCCGGAUUUAUUGUUCCAUAUAUGGCAGGAAUUCAUGCAAAAUGAUCAGGUGACCUUUUUCAGCCCAGAACAAGCCCAAGCCCUACAUCUAUUCCUAUCCAGGGUACCUUACCUGAUCAUGAUCCCACCUACUGCCGGUGGCAAAACCACACUGUUCCUGUUAGGGGCUAGUCUGGCCACCAGUAGGACCACCAUCCUCGUGGCCCCCCUGGUCGCCCUGAAGCAGGAUCUGCAUCAAAAGGCGUUAAAACUUGGGCUGUCCGUUGGGGUUUACGAAGAGAACCCGGAAUCCACCUCUGAACCAAGCCCGAGUCGCAUUCUAUUGAUUUCAAUUGAAUCGGUAGCUACCCCUGCAUUUUUUUCAUAUGCCAAAGCCCUCAUUGCAAAGAAUCAAUUAGAUUAUAUCAUUUUUGAUGAAUGUCACCUGAUCCCUUUGGCGAAAAACUAUCGGAAAGUCAUGAAUCGGAUUCGUCAGGUGACCUGCCUACCUGCACCAAUGGUGUUUGCCUCGGCAACCCUGCCUAGUCACCUAGAAAGGGACCUUCUUCAAACCCUAGGGUUGAUUCAUCCGUUCCGAAUUCGGGCUAAUAUCAAUAAGCCUUCUUUAUUUUAUGGAGUCAAACAGGCGAUGACCUCGCGGGCACUGUCUUUGAAUACGGUAUACUUGAAACCGGAGAAAGAGCCGGCCGCUUUUGCCCCGUUCGCGUCCAUCCCAACUACGGAGGACCUGGCCAAGCUGCAGACGCUCACGGAGAUGAUAAGUGGGCAGAUGGUCUCGCCCAAUCCUAGAUGGGACUGGUCCAGUACAAUUUUCAGACCAACCCCUGCAAUCUAUAACAUAAUUGUGCAAAAGUUCGCCAACGGCUCGGAACUUAAAACUAUUCGAUCUGUGGAAGCAGGAGCCCUCUCGCUGGGCAUGCAGCCGAUUUCGCACGGCACUAUUACUGCAGGCGAUAAGCAAGGCGGGAAUGCACUGGGUUUGAGUAAUAACCCGCAGACUUGA